AUGAGAACUGGCCAAACAGCUGUGAAGGCAAAAGAGAGCUACAAGGGGAAAUCAUAUUCUUUAAAGCACAGGGACAAAGGACUGAAGCUGACCAAAAUGAACCUUUUCUGCAUUUCUCUGGAGGGCUCUAUGGAGAGCUUAUAUGAGCCAGUCCCAGACCAACAAACUAACCCAGAAAGCGCCUCUAAUAGAAUCCAUUCUCCUAUCCCACCCAUUAGGGAGAGUGAACAAGGACACAACAAUCUCUUUAUGGAAUUUUCUAAUUUGGAGAAUGCAAAACCACAAAAAAGAAAGUUAUUCCGAAGAUUCAUGUCUGAAAAUAAAAUAUUUGAAGAAAAAACUGUGAAUGAUAAACCCUGGCAGGAGCCCAGCAAGCCUGAGAAUGAUUCCCACAUCAGAAGGCCCUGUCAGCUAAAAGGUCUAAAUGAAGAUGAUUUCCUUUUAACUAAUAACAUACACACCCUUCAAAGAAAGAAUCUACAAGGAACUUCCUAUCAGGUGACCUCAGAAUGUUGGAGUCCAUUUCACUAUCAAGGACAUGUAAAGCCUACUGCAGAUGAAAUGGCUCAAGAGUUUAUGUGGAGUAACAACAGAAGACACAUCUAG